AUGGCACACAAUGCUACACUGCGUUACUGGAGGAUCAAGACUCAAAUGCUCAUAAAACCAAGUCUGAAAUUAUCUCACCUAAUUCGCACCACGGGCCCCACAUACAAAACGCUAAAGAGAACGCGGGAGAUUCGACAGCAAUUAGAAGGUACAUGCGGAAAAGUUGGGAUUGAGCUAGACGCCCCUGAUCAGAUACAUAUAGAUGAAGAGAAGAUUCAGAAGGCCCUCUUCAGUGGGUUUUUCCCAAACAUUGCCCGACUCUCCGAAUUAGGAAACAACUACAUGCUGCUCAAAAGAAAGCAGCCCGUUUACAUCCAUCCAUCCUCUGGAUUGGGGCGAGUCAAGCCGCCUUCAAAAUUGGACAUUUAUCAUGAGUUGGUAUUGACCAGCAAAGAGUACAUGCGGAACUGUAUGCGCGUGGAGGAGAAAUGGGUCGAUGAGGUGGCGAAACAUUACUACGGCGAACAAGCAAUGGAAGAAUUGCAUCCCAAGCAGUGA